AUUAUAAAAUUCCUUUAAUACAUUUAAAAACAAAAAAUAACUACAACUUUUACGGCUGUAAAUGUGUUCUUAAAUCGUUGCUAAAAUAUAUAGCAUACUUUGCGGCUCAAAACAGCUGAAUGUUAUGUGUGUGUGAGAGAGACCAAAUAAGAGAGAGAUGGCUUUUGUGUGUGUGUGUGUUUAAUACGGACUUAAAACGUGUGCGAUCGAUUUUCAGUUCUAUCAUAAAAACAAAGUAAAACAUAUAUCUAAAAUAAUAAAUAAUAAUAAUAAAUCUUGAAUUUUAAAGCUUACUUGUAUUAACAAUUAUAAGCAAUUAGCAGCCUCUCAAAUAAACAAACAAGCGGCUACUUGAGAUAAUGAAUUUUCGUACGAUUUGCUAAGGCAACAACAAAUGCGGCAAAAGUUUCCGAUUUGAUUGCGAACAAAAACAAGCUAAAGCUUCAGGCCAAAAAUAGAGAGAGAGAGAGAUUUAGCGAGGGGGUAUAACAGUUGCUUAAAAGCUGCCCAAGAAACAGCGAGAGAGAGAAAGCAUAGUAACGGCAGAUGACCAGCCGCAUAGUCCCGCUAUUUUGGUGAGAGAGAACGAAAAGCCUUGUCCGUUUUUCCGCGCUUAUAGUAUGUGUGUGCAUAUGUCUCAGAGUGUGUGAAUGUGUGCGUGUUUCGAACAGUUUAAAGUACGCAUUGCGAUGCCAUUUGGCUUCAGUUUAGCUAGAGACAUCGUCGUGUUUUGAGCGGCUGACACAUUUUCCGAGCCCAGCGGAUCGAGCGGACUUCGCCACACAGUGCGCAAAAUAAAUCCAACCAAAAAAAAAACAAGAAAAACAUCUUAAAUAGGCAAGAUAAAACGAAGACAAAGGCAGACAAGUCAUUUUCAAAAGGGAAACCCCUCUCUUUCUGUCUUUAAGCCAAGCUCACACAUACACUGGCAUAUGCAUAUGGCAUAAUAUAGCCAACAAGAAAGGAUAUUCAUUAGCCAUCUAUUUGUGUGUGAUAAAGUGAAGUUUUUGGUGCAAAAUAAGGAACAAGUAUUCAAUGCCAGCAGUUCCCCAAUUUAUUUACAGUUUGGAAAAAAUUGGUAAAUCACAGUCGCAGAGUCGGAGAAGUUUUUCAAUAACAAACGUAAACAGAGACAUGUAGUGAGCGGCCGAGGGCAGCAUUUCCAUCGCACAAAAAGUAAUUCAAACACAGCCGCAGCCGGAGAAGAAAAGCCGAGCAGCCGGAGCGGGCGCUGCAAAAAGUGCAACAGCUGCGCAGGAAACCGCAGUGAACAGAAGUAGAAGAAGGAGACCCCAGUCCACAUUCAGAACCAAGACCAACCGAAUCCAGUUCCGAGGGACACGUACCGAGUUACCAGUUACCAGUUACCAGAUUCCCAGAUUCCUGAUUCCAAAGCUGCUGCGGCGGGAGAAUGUGUAGUGCAACACACGGCCGGCAGCUUCAAGUGGCAAUUGUGGCAGCAGCAGCAGCGGCGAACUCAACCGGAUAAUAAGUUGUGGAUGCGGCUUGCAGUGCCGGGCAGGCAUCCCGAAUCCGCCAGAGACACCAGUUCCGUACCGAGUUACCCAGCGAGCAGAAAUCGUGCGUGCGAAUCGCGAAUAGCAGAUACCAGAGACAAGUGGUCAGUGCCAGUGACGUCAGGCCAAAGUAGGACACCGCCACUACCCAUCGCCACAGCCACCGCUACAGCUACCCAUCGUUGCCCUGCGCAUCCGCGUCAUGGCAUCCGUACGGCAGAGCAGUCUCCUGCCCAUGUCCUUGCCCCUGCCCCUACCGUUGCCCCUGGUUCUGGUGCUAUCCCUGCACCUUUCCGGCGUUUGUGGCGUCAUGGAUCGCCUGGUGGUGCAAACAUCCUCCGGACCAGUCCGUGGUCGCUCUGUCACGGUGCAGGGCCGCGAAGUCCAUGUCUAUACGGGCAUUCCCUAUGCCAAGCCCCCCGUCGAGGACCUGCGCUUCCGCAAACCGGUUCCUGCGGAGCCCUGGCACGGCGUUCUAGACGCCACACGGUUAUCCGCCACCUGCGUCCAAGAGCGUUACGAGUACUUCCCGGGCUUCUCCGGCGAGGAGAUCUGGAACCCCAAUACCAAUGUGUCCGAGGAUUGCCUCUACAUAAAUGUCUGGGCGCCGGCAAAGGCACGUCUCCGUCAUGGGCGUGGUGCUAACGGGGGCGAGCACCCCAAUGGAAAACAGGCCGACACGGACCACCUCAUCCACAACGGCAAUCCACAGAACACGACCAACGGACUGCCCAUACUGAUCUGGAUCUAUGGAGGUGGCUUCAUGACCGGAUCUGCCACUUUGGACAUCUACAAUGCGGAUAUCAUGGCCGCCGUUGGCAAUGUGAUAGUGGCCUCCUUCCAAUAUCGAGUGGGUGCCUUUGGGUUCCUGCAUUUGGCACCGGAAAUGCCAUCGGAUUUCGCGGAGGAGGCGCCCGGAAAUGUGGGCCUCUGGGAUCAGGCUCUGGCCAUUCGCUGGCUAAAGGACAACGCCCAUGCCUUUGGCGGAAAUCCGGAGUGGAUGACCCUAUUCGGAGAAUCGGCGGGCUCUAGUUCAGUGAACGCCCAGCUCAUGUCGCCGGUGACGAGGGGCUUGGUCAAGAGGGGCAUGAUGCAGUCGGGCACAAUGAAUGCCCCCUGGAGUCACAUGACCUCCGAAAAGGCCGUUGAGAUCGGCAAGGCGCUGAUCAAUGACUGCAACUGUAAUGCCUCCAUGCUGAAGACUAAUCCCGCUCACGUGAUGAGCUGCAUGCGUUCGGUGGAUGCCAAGACCAUCUCAGUGCAGCAAUGGAAUUCCUACUCGGGCAUCCUCAGCUUCCCCUCGGCGCCAACCAUUGAUGGUGCCUUCCUGCCGGCGGAUCCUAUGACGCUGCUUAAGACGGCGGAUCUUAAGGACUACGACAUCCUGAUGGGAAAUGUCCGGGAUGAGGGCACUUACUUCUUGCUGUACGAUUUCAUCGAUUACUUCGAUAAGGACGAUGCCACGGCCCUGCCGCGGGACAAAUAUCUGGAAAUUAUGAACAACAUUUUCGGCAAGGCAACGCAGGCGGAACGCGAGGCCAUCAUUUUCCAGUACACCAGCUGGGAGGGUAAUCCAGGCUAUCAAAACCAACAGCAGAUUGGACGCGCUGUGGGCGAUCACUUCUUCACCUGCCCCACCAACGAGUAUGCCCAGGCACUGGCAGAGCGAGGCGCAUCCGUGCACUACUACUACUUUACACACCGCACGAGCACCUCGUUGUGGGGCGAAUGGAUGGGCGUGCUGCAUGGCGAUGAGAUUGAGUACUUCUUUGGCCAGCCGCUGAACAACUCCCUGCAGUAUCGACCUGUGGAGCGUGAGCUGGGCAAGCGUAUGCUCAGUUCGGUCAUCGAGUUUGCCAAGACGGGAAAUCCCGCUCAGGAUGGCGAGGAAUGGCCCAACUUCUCUAAGGAGGAUCCCGUCUACUACAUUUUUAGCACAGACGAUAAGAUCGAGAAAUUGGCCAGAGGUCCUUUGGCUGCACGUUGUUCGUUCUGGAACGAUUACUUGCCAAAAGUCAGGAGUUGGGCAGCCUGCGAUGGCGAUUCGGGAAGUGCUUCCAUAGCCCCGAGGCUCCCACUCCUGGGAAUCGCUGCUCUGAUCUACAUCUGCGCUGCACUGCGAACCAAAGGGGUUUUCUAAAAGAAAACCACUGCCGGAAGUGACCAGACAUGCAAACCAACACACACACUGGAAAACACCCCAUCACAACCACACCCACAAAACACAAACACACUUAAAGUUAGAACACGUAUAUUAAUAAAAAUUUAGCAACGGAAGGAAACCAAAUUUUUUGUAGGCGCAGCAGACAUUUGUGUAGUAGCAGAAGAUUUGUUUACGGAAUUUAGUAGGAUCGGUUUGAGCAAGUCGAUGGCAAUUGCUGAAAAUUUGUAAAUUGAACUUAGAGCUCUACGCACCCUUUCGGCAGACAGCUGGGCCGGGCAGGAUCCUUCAAAGGACUCCUAUAUAUCUCCUGACCAGACUGCUGCCGAGACUCCAGAGACCACUGUAGCCACAUGCCACAUGCCACGCGCCAUAGGCCAGGCCCAAACCAAAAAUUGUUUUGUGUAGCACAAUGCUAAAAUGCUUAAUUUGAAUAGAAAACAGAAAACGAAUUGGCCAAAGGGUGGGCGGACAUUUUUUGAUAAAUAUUAAUGCAAAUAGAAACAAAAAUCUUUGUCAUUUUGCCAAAAAGAAACAAAGUUUACAGAAACCAAAAACGUUUACCGAAGAUGAACGGAAAACUAGCUCAGAUGACAGACACUUUUUGCCACGCCCACUUUCUUGAGCGAUCUUUGAGCGCAUUUAAUGGCACAAUUUUUGCUUUCAGUUAAACAAAAAAAGAGAAAAACAAAGAAGAAAAGUCCUUGUUGCCUAACGAUAUUUGGCCAAAUUGCAUUGGUUUCAUGCUUAGGUUGAGGGUUCGUUUGAUUUCGAUUCACUUUCCCAAGGAAAAACCACACACGAAAAUUGGUAACAACACAAGAUUCUUAUGAGAAAAAAACCCCAAAAAUGGAAGUUUUCGGAAAAUCAACAAUUGUAUUGUACAAAAAAAUUGGCAUUGGUUUGAUUAGGAGAAAAAAUUUAAAACCCUAAACUAACUGUGCGUAGCCCCAAAGUCGAGCAAAACUAACUAGGACAAAUUUUUUCGAGGCAACCAAAAGCGGAACAAAUUGAUAAAUUGUAAUAAAGAAUCAAUCGAAAAACGAGGUUAAAACAUAGUUUUUGCGGGCGAGACAGAUGAGAAGGAGGACGACGACGAUGAUAUUUAUAUAAUGCAAAACAUAUCAGUAUAUUAUUGUAUUUGUACUAAACGUUUUACAAAAUUGGCUUAGUGAGAUUAUUGGACGGAGGAUGGGAGAAUACUGAAUAAUGGUAAUUAGAAAUUUUAUACACAUAGCGAAAUUGGAUCAAUGAUUAACACAAAACGUAUUUGUAUAAUGAGUAACGUAUAUGUACUUGGUAUGUCUAUAUCUAUAAAUAAAUAUUGUUCGAAAACGUAAAUCCAGAAAAUGAAGAUCAUUGUCAACCCUAGAGUUCAGUGUGUGUCUCGCAGACUAAAUGAUGAGCUAAGUAAAUCGUAAUCGUAAUCGUAAUCGUAAUUGUAAUCUGUAAUCGUAACCGUACUCUGUAAUCGUAUUAAAGGCAUAUCAAUAUGUAUUAA